AUGACAAUUGACAACGCGGAAAGACAUGGCCAACGCGGCGAUGAUUACACUCAUGCCUUUAGCCAUGCAGUUCAAACAAACACCACUGCAAAUUUCUUCACUGCUAUUGCCCUUGGAGAAGAAAGCGUAGCCAAAAACUUCAUCGAACAAUAUCCUGAGAUCUCUAAUAUGCCAAAUGAACAUGGCGAGAUGCCUCUCAUAGCUGCUGUUCAUGCUGACAAGCCGGUCAUUGUCAGAGAUCUCUUAUGGAAUGGAGCAAAAGUGGACGCCUUGGCAAACUACCUCCAAGAAGGCCAGAGGCGUCCAGCCUUGCGAACGGCCCUCCAGGUUGCCGCUACAGAGGGCAAGCUUCAUAUGAUUCGCAUACUGCGCGAGAACCGUGCCGACGUCUUUGUUUAUGCCCCAGAUGGCGCCAAUGCUCUUCAGUUGGCUGCCGGCAAUGGCCAUCAAAGUGUAGUGGAACACAUCCAGCGAGCAUAUGCCGGUACUAUCGGCAGGUUGCCAGUUACUUCAGGUGGCCCAACACCUGUUGAUGUGGCAGACACAUCAGAUAAUCCUCCAGUGGAUUGUCAAGAACCAGCCAAACGUGUUUCAACUCAGUGUCUCCAGAGACGCAGCGAGAAGAAUUUAGACUGCAUCUCCUGGGCUAUCCCCAAAUUCAUUAUUGACAGAACUCCUCCGACGGUCAUCUCCGCAAUCAACAAUGUUCUUGUGGAUAAGCCAAAAGAAGCUCGGCUACUUCGCAAAAAUAUGAGAUUGUGGUGCCAAGAGCAGAUUCAAGACUUGCCUACUCGCGUUCAGCAAGGAAUGGAUCUUGCUGAUCGCCGAAUCAAAGAAGCGGCUGGACUUGCUACGAAGACUCCAGUAAGCACCCGGCAGCUCAUGAAGCGCGCACCCAAUGGUAUAUGGACAGUCAUGUUGUAUAUUGGGACGGUGCUUCAUAAACUUUGCAUCAUAGCUCCUGAUCUCUUGAAGCAGAUGACUUCCAUUGUUCAGUCCAUCGCGAAGGCCAUAGCAAGCAUUCAGGCUGCUACACUAUAUAGCAUUAAGACUGUCUUGAGUACCAUUCAUUCAGUUCUUACAGAGGUUUUAAAAGGCCUUUUGGCGCUUAUAGCUCGGAUGAAACAAGCAAGUUCUGCGAUGCUGCAAAGUGGAAUGGGUUCAUUGAAAAAGGUUACCAUGAUUUUUGUUGCUUUAGCACUGGGUAUUUGCAUCCUGUUCUCCAAACGGGCUCGGGGGCUGCUGCAGGCACCGGGAAAACUUGCAAAGAAAGGGGUGCGAGACAUGCUGGGGCUGAUGGGUCCACAAAUGGUUUAG